UCGGUCAGAACAGUGCCCGUGACAUAUCGUCCAUCGACCAGAGAAACGUCGACCUAGUCAAAGUUAGAGAUAAGAAAAAUUUUGUUCAAACAACAGCUGACGAAUAAAAACACGAUUCAUUCGAUCGAUCAAAUUUCUAUUCGUACCGUCCGCAGAAUAAUAUCAUUUUGUAAUACUAUCUAUGACAAGUAACCAAUGGCAAUUAAAUAUCUUUUCAACGAUUAACGAGGACACAAAUCGUUGACUUUGUAUUUGUUGUUUGAAAUUUGAAUGCAUAGAUAAGAAUAUCGACCGUCCCGAGUUCAGAUCGUAGCGAUCGAUAGCGAUUAACGUAGUACCCAUGAGACGAUAUGCAGUUAUCGGGAGUUCUUCGACAGACAACUGACCUCGCUAUAAAGCCUCGCGGUAUCAUCUCAGACGGUGAACUAAAACAGACAGACCGUCGAACGGUCACGUCGAUCGGCUACGCUGGUUGAACAGAUUUGCAACACACGAGCUCGCCCAGUUUGAUUUAUUCGACGCCGGGAAUCCACAGUUUUCACCGCAGAACAGAAUGUGGUCGUUUCUGCUGGCCUUGGCCGUGACUGGCGCGACGGGAGAAGUAGUGAAUAUCCACAUGAACGAUACGCUGAAUAAAUUCAGUUUCGAUGUCGAUUUGGAGAAUAAUCAAUUUUUACUCGACGGACAGCCGUUCCGUUAUGUAUCCGGCAGUUUUCAUUAUUUUCGAGCUCCAAGACGAUACUGGAGAGAUCGUUUGAAAAAAAUGAGGGCAGCUGGGUUGAACGCUGUCUCUACUUACGUAGAAUGGAGCUUGCAUGAACCGUCUGACGAUGAGUGGCACUGGUCAGGUAAUGCGGAUUUAGUAGAAUUUUUGAAUAUUGCUCAAGAAGAAGAUUUGCUGGUACUUUUGAGACCAGGUCCUUAUAUCUGCGCAGAAAGAGACUUUGGAGGUCUUCCAUACUGGUUAUUGACCCGUGUACCGGAUAUAGUAUUACGUACAAAUGAUGCACGUUAUAUGAGCUAUGUGGAAAGAUACUUAAACAAAUUGUUCGAGAAAAUAAAUCCUUAUCUAAGGGGUAAUGGUGGUCCUAUAAUUAUGGUUCAGGUGGAAAACGAAUACGGAAGUUACGCUUGUGACACGGAGUACAUGGACCGAUUACGAUACAUUAUGAAAGGGAAAAUUGGAUCGAAGGCUCUUUUGUACACGACCGAUGGAAUCAGCCCAAAUAUGCUUCGUUGUGGAUCCGUGCCUGGAGCUUAUGCUACCGUCGAUUUCGGUGCCUCCGCGAACGUGACGAAAAGUUUCGAAAUAAUGCGCUUGUAUCAGCCACGGGGCCCAUUUGUUAACUCCGAAUAUUACCCAGGAUGGUUAACGCACUGGCAAGAACCGUUUCAAAGAGUAAAAUCCAGCGAUGUUGCUAAAACUCUGGAUGAAAUGCUGUCAUUAGGUGCUUCCGUUAACAUAUAUAUGUUUUAUGGUGGCACAAACUUCGGCUAUACCGCUGGUGCUAACGGUGGCGAUAACGCGUACCAGCCACAAUUAACUUCCUACGAUUAUGACGCCCCGUUAACAGAAGCUGGUGAUCCAACGCCAAAGUACUUUGAAAUCAGAAAUGUUAUCGCCAAGCAUUUACCAUUACCCGACGUACCCCUUCCGACGGUAUCACCGAAAGGCAAUUACGGUUCGAUAUACUUGUCGCCAAUUUUCAAUCUGCUCGAACCCGAUGGCCGGAGUAGAUUUGCAACGAUCGUUAUUCAAGAAAAAGAACCACAGACGUUCGAGGCUCUUAACACGCCUCAUUGGCUAGUACUAUACGAGACUAACCUCCAGGCGAGACCUUUGGAUCCUACUGUUUUGCAUGCAAUUGUUCGGGACAGAGCGUUGGUCUACGUGGACGACAACUUGAUUGGAACCUUGAGUCGCACUGACAAUAUAUACGACAUAAGUAUAGAGAGUCCCUACCAACAUAACUUGAAGCUACUAGUGGAGAAUCAAGGACGACUUAACUAUGGAGGCGGACUUCGCGACUUUAAGGGGAUGUCGAGCGUGACUGUCGGCCAAGCUCCCGUUUAUAAUUGGACAAUGACCGGAUUCCGUUUAGACAACGUCAACCUUGUUGGAGAUUGCCCGACGAUUACAGUGGAAAACGGAACUCUUCGUCAUGGACCAGUGGUGUUUCGUGGGAAAUUCACGAUUUCUGGCGAACCUUUGGACACGUACUUGAACACUGCUGGCUGGGGCAAAGGAGUAGCUUUCGUAAAUGGCCACAAUCUUGGUCGAUAUUGGCCACUCGUAGGGCCACAAAUGACCCUGUACGUUCCUGCGACUUUCUUGCGAACCGAUGAGAAUGAGUUGGUGCUGAUAGAACUGGAGUAUGCGCCAAACAGCAGAAAAAUGAAAUUACAGAACACUCCGAUUCUUGAUUAUACGAUCGAAGCGUUUUUUUAAAUCUUUUUCUCCCCUCAAACUACAAACAUGCUAAUUCUAUUAUGAAUUUAGGGGGGUAUUGUAUUGUAAAAUCGAUUUUGUUUCGAUCGAUUUUACAAUAUCGAUUCUUGCCUCUUUCAUAAUUUUUCAAAGUGCUGCUAUUUUUUUAAUUAUCAAUUGUUUCCUUUUCCAAUCAACUUUGAAAAACUUUCUAGGCAUUUCGUAGAUAUCAAGAAAUACUGUGAAGUAUUUCAACAAAAAGAAUUUGUAUAAUUCUUAUUUUAAUUUGUUUAAAACGUAAGAAAAAAACAAUAUUUAAACGUUAAUAACUUCUUAACGAAGCCUCAAUCAACAAAUUGGUAUUUUUGUUUUUGUCUUACUUUGGCCUCUAAAAUCUCCCAUUAUAAUUUUUCCCAGGGGGUGGCCAAACACCCUGUACACAAAAUAUCUUAAAGCUGACUUUUGAAGAGAACAUUAUGGUCGAAAUCUAGACAAAUAUAUCUAACAACCACCAAAUUGCAUUUAAUAGGACACCUGUAAAAUUAAAGAAUUUUGCAUUUAUCUUUCAUCCUACAAAGAUCAGAAUUCUUUUUUAUUAUACAAUAAUAAUAAUAAUCUAUUAUUCGAAUUAAAUUACCUU